GCACCACCAGCACCGCCGAACAAAGCAGCACCGCCCAGCUACCCACUAUCACCCACUCUCCAAAAUACCGCUGUAGCUUGCCGCCAGCUAAUUGACACGCAAAAUGUCCUUCGUGCGCUCCGCGUCGCAGCGCGCCUUCUCUCAGUCCGCUGCCAGGAAAAGCGACCAGCACGCUGAGGAGACUUUUGAGGAAUUUACCGCCAGGUACGAGAAGGAAUUCGACAAGGUCAACGACGUUUUCGAGCUCCAGCGAAACCUGAACAACUGCUUCGCCUACGAUCUCGUUCCCUCGCCCUCUGUCAUCACUGCUGCCGUCCGCGCUGCCAGGCGUGUCAACGACUUCCCCUCGGCUGUCCGAGUUUUUGAGGGCGUCAAGUUCAAGGUUGAGAACAAGGGCCAAUACACAGAAUACCUCCAGGAGCUCGAGCCUCUGCGCGAGGAGCUCGGCAUCCCGCUCAAGGAGACCCUGUACCCCGACGAGAAGUAGAUCGUGGUUUGUCUCCCGUCACUGCAGAGCCUAGCACUCUAUGUGCGCGCCGACAUAUCAAUUUCUCACUUAGACGGAUGGAAAGGGAAGGGGGGGGGGAUGUAUCACUAUGUGAUGAUUUCCUUGAACAGCAAGCUGGGUAUCCUGGGCCUUCGGAGCGUUGGGUGGUAGUAGUGGUGGAUGAGCGGUAUUCCGCUGUAGUAGAUGUACAGAUCUCUUUGAUUUCAAUGCGUUUCGAAUGACU